AUGGCGGGCAGGGGCUGGGCCCUGGCGCUGCUUGUUUGGGUCUGCCACGUGGGGGAUCAUGUCGUCAUCAACUCUCAAGAGAACAGUAAGCCAGUCUCCAUGCUGCUGCGAGCAGCCAAGGAGCAAGGCUGGCGCCGCUGGUUGCCGGGCGAUGUCGGUUCGAGAUUGUGGAGGAGGUGUGGGUGUGGAGGUAUGAGGUCAGGGCGGAUGCAUGAGCGCGGAUUGGGAGCCCUAGAGCUCGCAGUGAUGCUGAGGCAUCGAAGAGCAGGCGAAAUGCUGCGCUUGAGAGCUCUUCGAGGAGGCUUGACCGAUGGCGACGACAAGUACGUUCCGGGGAUGAUGCAGGACCUAAGCGAUGAUAGUCAAGCCGAAGGAUCAGCAAGGUAUGCUAGACCACAGCUAGACUCCCUCUCCGUGCAGGACGCGACGGAGUUCUACAUGAACCUCACGCGUAUGGCUGCCAAGGGUGAGAAGAUUCCAGAAGUAUCGAGCCUGAUGAGCCCCAAACUGGUGGAGCGACAUCGAGCGCUGGACAGUAGAGCUUCAUUGGACGCUGAGCACUUCUUCGGACUGGAGGAGACGGAUAAACAGAAAGAUUCGCAGGGCGUAAAGUCCCAGAGCAUGAAGUCUCAAGUUGAGAGGGAGUCAACCCGCGCUGAGUCGAUGACGGCACUUGACAAGGAAUGGUGGGAGAUGGAAGGGGAGAUGGAAGAGAAAUGGGAUGAACUUGCAAGGAGUCUGGUGGAAUUCUGUUGCAAUGAGGAGAUCCGCUAUGAGGACGUUCAGGAACAGCAACAAGGUUUGCUAGGGUAUUUUCCUUGUAUGUUCAACGAGAGCAAUUUCUCUCUCGCUGUAGCAGGAAGCCAUACCUCCGGUGAAGUGAAACGUUUGCUACAAAAGCAGGUCAGUCGACAUGUCUUGUUGAAAAAUCCGCCAGAUAAUCACGUCAGAGAGUACGAUGUCAUCAAAGGCAAGGGAAGCCUCGUGGCAUAUGACAUGUUGUCUGCGAUUAGUGCAGCUUUCAACUGUACCAGAACGGAAUAUAUGGAGUCAGUCUUCACUGAACAUGGCACACAUGGAAACAUUGAUGUCGAGGAUGGAUUGCACGAGAUUGAGACGCAACUGGCAUUGAUCCCUAUUGGCUUCACCUUGUCUGUGAAGGGAGUGAGUGAUUCCGCUGUCGUUAAUGGCUCAUGGGACCUGCAAGAUCAGGCACUGGAGGACGCAUGUCUUAGCAUUUGGGGAGGGCCGUGGACUAUUGAUGAGGAACUCAUUCCUUCCUUCAAGUGCAAGGUCAUCACAAUCUCUGCUAGCGCGAUCAAGUUGUUCCGACUCGGCGCAGCGUGGGUGUCGGAUUGUACCAUCGGAGGCGAAGGGAUGGACAUGUUCGAGCUGGCAGGAGAUGGAGUGACGGUCAGCCUCGGAGCUCGGCUGAUCAUGGAGAGGACUUCUGUGUUCCAUACAGGGCUGCUGGGAGGAAUCGGGGUUCGAGCAGAGGACAAGGGUUACGUGACAUUGAAAGAUUGCUUGUUCCGGGACAAUGUAUACGCUGUCGGGGUAACAUGCAAGGCCAAGAUGCAGGUGCUGAACUGCAAGCUUCUGCAACAGCAAUCAGCCGCUAUCUGGAUCGGGGCAGAGAACCAAACUUACUUGGAAAUCAGGAACUCGACGAUUAGGGGGGUUGUCUUCGAAGAUAUCGUAUUUGAAAACCGCAACGAGACUGUGCGGCAACAACGGCGUAAAGAGUACAGUUUCCUCGGAACACCCGUGAUGUUCGAUUUCUUCCCACCGGACAACGAUCAAAAUCUGCCGGAGUCGGAGAGACUGUAUCACGCAGUGGGAUAUUACAUCUUGCGCCCGUCGGUCUUCAUCAACGAGAGCAACGAGUUCCUUUCACAUAGCGGUCUCAAGGGUGAAGAAGAGGAUCUCCCUGCCUGGGCCAACCAUCCGCUUGACAACUUCGUCUCUGACUCAGAAGGGAACUUGUACUUCGAGCCCGACGUGUCGGACGAAGAUGACCUCUACUGUGCAGCUAUAGAGGAUGCAAGGAUGGAAAGUGACGGAAAGCAGCCUUUGGAGUACGAACUUGCGGGAGGAUUGCGCGUACGGGGCAAGCUCAACUACACAGCGGCAAGGUUGAAGUCAGAGCAGGAGAAAUACGUCUCCACGCAGACGCUGCAGCGUAUCCGCAAGUGGGUGGACCUGUACAUGGCUCAUCUGAAGGAGUUGGAGAGGAGGCGACAGGGACCUGAUCCGAUCUUCGACCCCGACAACGUCUACAAGCGAGAGCUCUGGGCGUGGGGGCACAUCCGCACUGAGUGGGAUCACUUGGUCAAGGAUCGGACAGAGGAUGACAAAAAGAUUAUGUCUCGCACCCUGGAGGAAAAUCUCUAUCCCAAGUUGCCCGACCCCGACGACUCGCCCCUCCUCUUGGACACGGAUCUGGAUCAGAACACUCGCUCCACCCUGUGCCCAAUCCCGAUCCCCAGGGAUAGAAAGUUGCUGCAGAAGGUAGAACGCAAGAUGGGGCUUCCGCUGCAUCCGCAGGAGCCGCGAGGGAAGGCAGCAUACCAUCGUUGGCUCAACCAGGUUUGUUUGCAGGAAGUGCAUAUGAGCUUCGAUGAGCUGCUGAAAAGAGACGGCGAGUCCAAUCCGAUUGAAGAAGAUUUUAACACGAGCAAGACGGCAGCGGGUGAUGGGACGGUGGCAGGGAAGGACACGAUGGAAGGAGCGGGCGGAGAGGAAGAAAUGGAUAUUGACAGGGAGUGGUCGAGCAAAGUCAAGGAGGAGUCAAGCUUUGAUCCUGACUGGAAGCCGAAACCUGUGAGGAGGAAGAGUACCAUGAGAUGA